CUCGGAACGAGUUGGACGUCGAACCGACUCAAUUCUCUCUCUUUUUAUUGGACGACAGCGAUGCCGUGACUCCCGAAAUCGCGUUGUGGCUACAUACCAACGCGGACUCGCGCCACGCCAACACGCCCCUCUUGAGCCCAACCGAUGGACUCGGCUCACGGCCUCGGCGAGCUCAUCCAGCGGCUCCGCCUCUACGAGGCCCCGCCCCCGUCCGACGACGGCGGCGGCGACGGGGAAGACGUCGACGAGAGAGGGAAGGUAUUCUCCUCGCUGGGACUCGCCGAGACUGCCGCGGCCGCAGCCGAUGCCCCCCGCCUGGAGAGAUUCCGGCCCAAGAGGGCAGCCGUCCUGAUUUGCCUAUUCGAGGGUGAUCCAGGCGAGCUCCGGGUCAUCCUCACCAAGCGCUCCUCCAACCUGUCCACCCACUCCGGUGAGGUGUCCUUGCCUGGGGGCAAAGCAGAAGAAGGCGACAAGGAUGACGCCGACACCGCAACGCGGGAGGCCAAGGAAGAAAUAGGACUGGACCCAUCGCUAGUCACGGUCGUUGCCCUUUUGGAGCCAUUCUUGUCCCGGCAUCUUCUCAGAGUAGUUCCUGUAGUCGGGAUACUUUCCGACAAACAAGCAUUCAAGCCAAAACUUAAUGCUAAUGAAGUGGAAACAAUUUUUGAUGCACCCUUAGAGAUGUUCCUCAAGGAUCAAAACCGAAGGUCCGAGGAGCGAGAGUGGAUGGGGGAGAAAUUUCUUGUUCAUUUCUUCAACUUUGAAACUGGGAACAAGAAGUUUGUCAUAUGGGGUUUAACUGCAAGUAUCUUGAUUCAUGCUGCAUCGAUUGUUUACCAGCGGCCACCUUCUUUCCCUGAGCAAAAGCCCAAAUACAUAAUUCCUCACUACAUCAAGGGGAAUUGCACAAUGCCAUGAAUAAAUUCACAUUGUUAUGUAGAAGCUUCUUUGAACAUCAUUGUGGCCUUUUGGAAGGUGUUGUCUGCACUCCUUCAGAUGCGUCAGCUGGUUGGGAAGAGUGGGAACCGGUUAAUUUGUUAAAGAUGAUCUACACAAGCGAUGUUUCGAGAACUGGACUAUUUAAUAUAUAUAUAUAUAUAUAUAUAUAUAUAUAUAUAUAUAUAUAUGUAUUUAGGAAUUGAACCUCGAAUGCUUACAGAGCUUAGAGAAUUAGCUGCUUGCAUUGCAACCAGAUGGAUCCAUUCGUUUGGAUGAAUAGUUCUGCUUGUGAUGCUGUAGCAGCUAUAAGAUGUAAGUCCACAAUCAAUAAGAUGCAAGUUACACAA